AUGGCAUACUUGAUCCUCCAAGCUGCUGCAUCUUUGUUCUUUCCACAAAUACCUACGAACUUGCCAGAUGGUUGGAAAUACAGUGGCUGCUACACCGAGGGAAAGAAUGGACGAGCCCUCACUUAUCAACAAGCUGAUGGAGGCGCCAACACCGUUGAGUCAUGCAUACAUGCCUGCAUCGCGGCUGGCUAUCCUGUUGCCGGGAUGGAGUAUUCGUCACAAUGCUUCUGUGACCGCAUCCUUCACGGCGGCGCUGCUCGGAUAGAUGAUUCCAAGUGCAAUAUGCCUUGUGCCGGAAAUGCCAACGAGAUGUGCGGCUCUCAGAAUAUCCUUAGUAUCUACAACACUGGAGAAUUGACGAAUGUCGAGCAAAUCACAUCUCAAACAACCGACUUGCCAGGCAACUGGGAAUACCAGGGAUGUUACACCGACUCAAUAGGCAAACAUGGAUUGAUUUGGCAGAGCAUUUUACCAAAUAACAACAGUGCCACAACCUGCCUUAACCUCUGUGCUGAGUAUGGAUACUCGGCUGCUGGCAUGGAGUACAGCAUGGAGGGUUACUGUGGCGAUGACUCCAACCUCAUUGCUUCUGGGUCGACUAAAGCUCCUGAAAGUGAUUGCCGCGCUAGAUGCAGUGGUGAUCCCAGCCACAACUGCGGUGGCGGACUGAGACUUUCCUACUACAAAUGGACAGGAACCCCUCUCAACGUGUGGCAUACCCCCAAUGGCCCCGAUAAGGGCUCAUACGAAUUUCUCAUUGGCGGUGUCGUGAUACCCCUCAUCACUACUACUGGAAUCAAUAACAAGGUCGUGUUCAUGGAAAAGUCAGGAACAGGUCCACCUAAUACGACGGGUACCUACGAACUGGAUCUCGCGUUCAUCAACGACUUUUCCAAAGCAUGGAGACCGUUGCACGUCAAGACUGAUAUAUUCUGCUCUGCCGCAGUCACCUUGCCAGAUAAAGCUGGAAGACAGCUGAAUGUUGGAGGCUGGGCUGGUAUUUCAACGCAUGGUGUCAGACUUUACUGGCCCGACGGAUCCCCCGGCGUUCCAGGUGUCAACGAUUGGCAAGAAAAUAGCAACGAAAUUGCCCUUCUUGCCCAACGUUGGUACCCAUCUGCCAUGGUUAUGGCUAACGGCUCAGUCCUCGUCAUAGGAGGAGAGAUUGGUUCUAACGCUCUCCCAUCUCCUUCUUGCGAAAUUCUACCCAGACCACCCGGAGGAUACCUCAAAUAUCUUGAAUGGCUUGAGCGUACCGACCCCAACAAUCUCUACCCAUUUUUAUCCAUCCUUCCGAGCGGUGGUAUCUUCGUUAUGUAUUAUAACGAAGCUCGUAUCAUCGACGAAGUAACCUUCGACACCAUAAAAACCCUUCCUAAUAUUCCGGGUUCCGUCAACAACCCCCUUUCUGGUCGAACCUAUCCUCUUGAAGGUACCGCCGUUCUCAUGCCACAACACCCACCAUACUCGGAUCCACUCACUGUUCUGGUAUGUGGCGGUUCGGCCAAUGGAAACGCUAUGGCUGUCGACAAUUGCGUAUCUACGCAACCUGAGCUUCCAGAUCCAAAAUGGGUAAUCGAACGCAUGCCUUCCCAGAGAGUCAUGUCGUGCAUAUGUGCUCUCCCUGACGGGACCUACCUGAUUAUCAACGGUGCAAAGCAUGGCGUUGCAGGCUUCGCUCUCGCCAGAGAUCCCAACAAGGUCGCAGUUCUCUAUGACCCAACCCUGCCCGUCAAUCAGCGAUUCUCCAUAAUGGCCGACACCCCUGUGGCUCGUCUCUAUCACUCCGAGGCCUUGCUACUUCCAGACGGGCGUGUCCUCAUCUCCGGCUCUGAUCCCGAAGACGGAAUCCACCCACAAGAAUACCGCGUGGAAGUGUUCAACCCGCCAUACGCUCUCUCCGGAGCCACCCCACCAUCAUUCACCAUCAGCAAAAGGGACUGGAACUACAACGAAGGCAACAUCGCGAUCAUCGCUAACAUCCCAUCAGGCAAUCUGGGAGGCGUGCGCGUAUCCAUGAUGUCUGCCGUGUCGAGCACCCACGGCAACUCCAUGGGCCAGCGCACCCUCUUCCUCCCAGUGACAUGUUCCGGUCCCGCGGGCUCAGCGACCUGCGUACUUACCGCGCCUCCGACAGCACAUGUCGCCCCGCCUGGCUGGUACCAGAUAUUUGUGCUUGACGGGAAGAGACCCGGGCAUUCCAACUGGAUCCGUAUCGGUGGCUCGAUUGCCGAUUCGGCUGGUCUAGGUAAUUGGCCCGCUUUCCCUGAUUUCAAGACUCCGGGCCUGGGACCUGUUGACCUUUAAUAUGCCGAGGGCGGAUUUCUAGAUUGAGCUUUCGUCCUUCAUGAUGGCUGCAGUCCUGGUGGAUAAUCAGAAACACAUGGUGAGAAAACCAUCUCUGAGUUAGGUUGACAUUGGAGGAUGUUUGUUUUUGAAAGAUAUAGAUAGAUAAUGAAGUUCACAACGAACUUAUAAGUACC